GCAGCAGGAGGCAUCUGCGCAGGCGCGCGAGCACGAGGCGAACCCCCGUUCCCGCGCAGAGCCCACGUGGCCGCGCGCGCGCCGCCUUCCCCUUUCCUCUCCUCUUCUCACCCGAACCGCUGCGCGCGCAGGAGAAGGGGAGGGGGGGGGGCGAGCGCGCGCACCUGCGCUGCGCCCUCGGCCCCUGGCGCCGAGUGGUGGAGGGCGGCCGCCUCGGAGGGACCCUGCGAGCCUCGUCCUCCGGGACAGUCCAGAACCGGGGUUAAAAUGAAUGAAGAGCCGACGGUCAAUGCGAGCUGGCUGCCUCAGGACCGCGUAGAAGCCGGCUCUACCGAGAACGCCUCGGGCUCCUCCCUGGUUCCCGUGGUAGAGCCGGAGCCAGAGCUCUGGGUGAACCCCUGGGACAUUGUCCUGUGCACCUCGGGGACCCUCAUCUCCUGCGAGAAUGCCGUGGUGGUGCUUAUCAUUUUCCAUAACCCCAGCCUCCGCGCGCCCAUGUUCCUGCUGAUAGGCAGCCUGGCGCUGGCGGACCUCCUGGCGGGGAUCGGACUUAUCGUCAAUUUCGUGUUUGCGUACCUGCUGCGCUCGGAAGCCACCAAACUGGUGACGGUUGGACUCAUUGUUGCCUCUUUCUCCGCGUCCGUUGGCAGCUUGCUGGCUAUCACUGUCGAUCGGUACCUUUCCUUGUAUUACGCUUUGACUUACAAUUCGGAGAGGACUGUCACUUUUACCUAUGUCAUGCUUGUACUGCUGUGGGGAGCAGCUAUCUGUAUCGGACUGCUGCCUGUGAUGGGCUGGAACUGCCUCAGAGAUGAAUCCACCUGCAGUGUUAUCAGACCGCUCACUAAAAAUAACGCGGCGGUCCUCUCGGUCUCCUUCUUGCUUAUGUUUGCCCUCAUGCUGCAGCUCUACAUUCAGAUCUGUAAAAUCGUGAUGCGCCAUGCCCAUCAGAUUGCCUUGCAGCACCAUUUCCUGGCCACUUCCCACUAUGUCACCACCCGAAAAGGAGUGUCUACUUUGGCCAUUAUUUUGGGGACUUUCGCGGCUUGCUGGAUGCCUUUUACGCUCUAUUCUUUAAUAGCAGAUUACACCUAUCCUUCUAUAUAUACCUAUGCCACCCUCCUGCCUGCUACCUACAAUUCCAUCAUCAACCCUGUAAUAUAUGCUUUUAGAAACCAGGAGAUACAGAAAGCGCUGUGGCUCGUCUGCUGUGGCUGCAUUCCUUCUAACCUGUCUCAGAGAGCGAGAUCGCCCAGCGAUGUCUGACUGGCGGCCAGCAGGACGCUCCUUAACACCUUCCUUCCCAGCCAUCCCUGUGAUCGUGUCUUUGGUUUAGAUGCAUUCAUUAAGAGGCGUGUGGUGGGUUCCAGUCAGAGCCACAGGACGUGCUGACCUUUUGUGAACAGCAAACCCCAGUGACCAAAAUGAAGCAAAUGGUUUAAAAGGGAGAUUUCCAAAAUCAAAAUAAUCGGUGUUCUUACAGAUUUAUGAUGUUGCUCAGGGUCUUUUUGUUAUAAAUAUAUAACCUAGACUUUGCCAUGCUUGCCACGAUUUUACCUUAAGUUUGCUAAUUAAAAAUGGAUUUAAACAGCAUACCUCAUUUGAAAUUGUUUAUGUGAUUGAGUUCAGCCAUACUGCAUGUUACAGUCUGUUGUCAGGAUAUGUUUCCCCUCUUAAUUCUUAUUAAAACAGCAGGAAAAAAAAAAAAAAUAAAAGGAAAAAACCACUGCCCUGUUCCCACAAACCCAUUUUUAUAUCAUGAGAAUGCUCUUCAAAAUAAUGGCCAAUUGUGCUGAUUUAUCUAGUAUUUAUUGUGAUAAUCUCAGUGCAAUGAAUUUGCUGUGAGUGAGGAAGUACUUGCAUAGCUUUUAUUUUACAUCUCUGCAUGAAUUAAGUUGAUCAUUAUUUUUAUAGAGUUCCACUUCUCUACUGAGUUCUGGCUGGAUAUUGAAACAGAAGAUAGGCUUUGCCUUCUUACUCAGAAGUCAGGCCGAUGUUUUCCCUUAAGUGUGGGACAUCAGGCCUCAUUAUAUUAUUAACUUUAAAAGAACUCACUGGGGAGUUUUGAAGUUGAUGAAUCAACAUGGUCUCUUCUGGCUGCAUUUGUAACAGAUGCAACACUUUGAUGUGUCUCAGACAAGUUUUGUCUUUCUGUAGUGAAAUAUCGAAUGGAAUAACCUAAUAUUUUGGAUCUACAUGAAAGUUUGUUACUAAGUCAAAACGAUUGCCACAUGUUUUCACUAUUCUGCUGUAAUUUAAAAUGUAGAAAUUUAUAAAUUCUCAGAGCGUACCUGGUUCAUAAUUGUAUGCAACCAGAGCUGCAACUUGAAUCAAAAUUGUCUCCCUUUCUGGCAGUUUUGUCCGUUACAGAUUGGGGUUCUUCUCGCUGUAUGCAUGUCAGUUCUCUUCAUUAUAAGAUGAUAGUUCUGGUCUAAAAAGCAGAGCUUCCUCUCAUGAAUGGUUAAGUUUAAAAGCUAUUUCUUACCUUUUACUGGAGCCACAUUAGAAAGCAAUAGAAAUAAAACAUUGCUUUCUGAUUUCAAGACUUGAUUGUCAGAGAGGAAAUCUUUCUAGGAGAUUUAUGAAGUUCAUUGUCUAUUCCAGUGUCAGUGCAUAGGAGUUAAUGGGAGCUCCUUGCACUGGCGUUAAUGGGAGCUCCAUGUGUUAAUGCCCUGACAUCAGUAGGAGGUUAUGUUCCCUUGAAUGUCGCAGUCGGCAUACUGUAUUGUUGCUUCAGUGUCUUCAAUUGCAGUUAAAACAAAAAAUCUCGAGUGUAAAAUCAGCAAUAUUUACAGUUCAAUGAAAUAAUAUACCUGUGUAGUAUAAAUAGUAGAGACAACUGUGUUGCUGGUCUGGAUUUUUCCACAUGGAACCUGUCCUUUUCACAUGGAUGUUUGGCUGACUGUAGCUUUCUGUGACGUUAAGAAUCAUAUGCUGUAUGCAGUGCUGAAUCUCAAAUGUGAAUGAAUUGUCUACAAACAAGGCUCUGUAGAGGUUUUAUGAGCAAUAAUUGAGUUGCAAUGCUGGGUUCAAAUUCCAUUAUCUACCUGCUUCAACCUUCACGAUAUUUGGCUCUUUCUUUGUAAGCUGAUUAGUUUGGUAAUUGUGGCAUGGUCUGUAGAGCUGUGAACUCGCAGCUCCCUUGGCUUCACUGCCAUUUACAGAUUCUCAACACAGUUAGAAUGUGGUCCCUACUCUGUGUAGGGUGUUGGUGUUCUUUAUCUGCUUAGGAAUGCUCGUGAUGCUCAGUCGUUGUCAGGUUCCUUUUUUGUUACAGAUUUUUGUAGAAGAAAUAAUCAGGUCAUAAAUAUCCACACUAUGUACGAGUGCGAUUUUGCAAGUAUGCAAAGUACUGAGAUUAAAUGGGGGUAGAAGGCAUGAACUGAAUAACGUAGAGAGGCUGCCUAAUAUAGAGUGGCACUUCUUAAGACGACAGCUGAGAUACACUAAAGCGAUACAUCUAGCCCUCUCCUUUUGCUAUUUUCUUUUUCUUUUUGCUCCUCUGAAUCAAACUGCUGAGGAAGUGUGGUGAGGAUGAGCAGCUACAACUGUGACCGUAAUUCAGUCCCUAGGGCAGCCGUUCUGCUGUUUAAGCAGACCUGUUCUCAUCUUCUCACAUUGCUUGCAGGCAUGAGUGUUUUUCUCUCUGCAACACCUGGGUGGCAGGGAAGUUAGAAAAAAAAACCCAAAAAACAACAGCACAGAGGGAAAUCAUGUCAUCCCCUCUUUCACACUGCUCCUUGUCAUCUUCCUCACUCCACAGGCUGCUUAAGUCCUCCAUGGCGUUUAAUGCUGUCAGGAGAGCCAACCUUUUCCCUGUGCCAGAGCAGAGAUCUGUGAUUGGAAGCUCCUCUCCUCAGGAAUGAUUCGAGUCAAAAAGAGGAGAGGAUUAAUUAUAGAAGUUACCAAAAAAAAAAACCAACGGCUCACAGGGGCAUGAUUUGCCCUCAUUUGAUGAGUAACUCGUUUACCUUUCACCACAGACAGGUGAGAAACAUGAUUUUACCUCCUGAGCUACUGCUGUGAUGCCAGUGAGGGUGCUGGCUCUUUGAGAAGUGGUCUGAAGUUGAGACAUUCUGGCAGCAUAGGCCAGAAAAUCCUUCUGGAAGUCAGUGACCUUGGUUUGUCCACAGCUGUCAGAUUGAGCUCUAGCAUGGUUUAUGGUAGUAGUGAGAUGCUAUUAAAUGCACCUCUGAAUGAGUUCUUGGGCUGUGGGUACGAAGCCACCUACCUCACUACCAUAAGCAGAAAUGCAUGAAAGACAGCUGCUUUUCAGACUGUGAAAUUAAGUAUUUUACUGCUUUUAUGUUAGAGUGUGCAGGCAGUAACAGUGUAGGCCCCAGAUCAUUAGGGUCUGGUGCCAGUAUCCAUGUGAAGAUACCUCUGAAACUGACAGAAAGCUGGACAGCUUGCAGGAAUGUCAUUGUUUUUGUCCCACUGAAGCACACCUGUGCAUCACAACUCACCGUGCUGGGUACAGUGAAGUAGUUUCAUCAUAAUGUCAAUUUUCAAGAUUUGAAGUUCUUUUUUAUUUAUUAACGUAUCUGACCUGAAGUUAAAUUUGCUGUAGUAGUUUUAGUCAUCCAUUCAACCUCAAAGCCUGUAUUUUAAUUGUAUUAUUUUAACCGUUUCUCCAAACAGUGAGAACUCCAGCAAUAAGGUUUUAGUAUAACAGCAAUAAAAUCCUCCAUGUUGCAGGUACUAUAAACUGCUGAGUAACCUCAGAGCAAUAGGGAGGAAGCAAUAUAUUCUUCAGACAAAAAAUAAUUUGCGUAAGGAGAAGUCUUCCUUCAUUAAACAGGGGCUGUAGGACUGAUGUGGGACAUUAUUUCUGGUUUGUCUUACAGUUCUUGAGUUACUGAAUGGGAUUACUCAGCAAUAGCUGCCUACCUUAGUUUUUGGAUGCUGAAUUCAUGCUGUCUGUAAGAGAGAGCUCCAUACUGCAGAGGGCAUUUUUGCUCUUUUCUGUGUUGGGCAUUUAGUCAUACGUUGGUCUCUGGAUAAAUUACUUGUGUUCAGCAUUUCUGAUUGUUACUCAGUUCUGUACAUUCCCAAAUCUGUGGUGCCCAUCACGGUGGGUGUAUCAAGAUGAAUAUAAUAACUGGUGCUAGCCUGUUCUGAAGGCAGUUUGGUUUUUAAAAGAACAAGAUUAAGGUGCCAUUGAAGAAACCCCCUGCCAGUACCUGGGGUGUUUGGGAGCUGGCUGAAAGGCCUGCUGUGGCUGCUGUAUGUUCCUGCCACGGACAGCCAGUGACAGAAGUAGUUGCAUCCAUCCUUCAUGUUCAGGGGACAGCCUUGAAAUGUCUUGGACUGGCUGAAAUCCCUCCACAAGCAGCAGUGAGUUUUGGCUUGGGCCAGCUGCUGUGCUGUCUCCAGGGAGUUAUUCUUCUGUUGCCUCAUUUUCUUAGGGCACACUUAGCUUCUGAAAAUAAGAUACCUGUAUUAGUUUCUCCAAAGCGCUGGGCAGCCUGGCACUGUGAUUGAAUGUUGGCAUGAAAUUGCAUCACUAAAAUUCAGACCCCUUAAAUAUUAACCCAUUAUUUUUAAGGAUUACUGUUCUGUAGCAUUCAGGACCCUGUUUUCAAAAUGCUGGCCCUGACUUUCAUGCAGAGAAAGUAAGUAUUGAUCUUCCUUUUAUAUGUAAUAUUCCUAUAUUUAUAGGAAAGAAAAACAGUUGGGCAGAGUGGUCACUGCUUAAAAAACGCCAACUCUUCUCUUACUUCUGUGAUGCUGAGUGGUUCUCUGUCCUUCAAACAGCAGCUAACUGCUACCUGGCAACUGUCCUGAUAACCCUGAGUGCCCACAAGUCAGUUUCAAAGCUUCGCAGCCUGAGGAGAGGGACCAGAGUGGUUGCCAGUACAAAGCAGUCUGACAGAACAGCUCUGUUCUAUCUGCUCAUCAGCUGCAGACAGAUCAAGUCCUGUGUGUGUGAGAACAGUGUCAGGAGCCGUGGCCAGCAUUUCAUUGGGUCGUUCUACUGCCAGAAGGCAACAUCAGCCAGCCUGUCCCACACAGUUCUCACAUUAAGAGUUAAAGAAUACUGAGAACGCUGAAGUGCUGCUGGCCAGCUGUUCUGGAAGUGGUAUCAGUGUUAUGCUUCUUGGGGAGGAUGAAGGAUGCAGCAGGACCUGUGGAAGAAGUAAAGGAUAGCAUUAAAUAUCUACAUGCGUUUUCAUUACAUAUAGACUCUUCAAAUAAUUUAUAGUGUGCAAUAAACUGAGUCCUAAUAGAGCAAGACAUUGCAAGUUAGGAAGAAUCCCUCAGUAACUUGUUGAGGUCAGGCAGCAGAGUUACUCAAGAGCACGUGGUGCUUAUAAAAUAAAGGAGAUUUCAGGUAAUGGUGCAUUACUGUAAUUAGGAAAUAAAAUUAAAAAUUGGAAUGUUCUGAUUUUUUUCUUUUUUUUUUAAUGCUGGUUUAUAAAGUCAUGUUUUUUUUUUUUU